GGAAAUGCGCUGGUCAUGUACGUGUUCUGCCGCAGCCGCAGCCUCCGCACGCCUGGCAACAUGUUCGUGGUGAACCUGGCGGUGGCCGACCUCCUCAUGUCCCUGACGCAGGCCCCCGUGUUCUUCGUGGCCAGCAUGCACCGCCGCUGGGUGUUUGGCGAGCGCGCCUGCGAGCUGUACGCCUUCUGCGGCGCACUCUUCGGCAUCUGCUCCAUGAUGACCCUGACGGCCAUCGCGGUGGACAGGUGCGUGGCCAUCACGCAGCCGCUGGCCUUCCUCUGCCAGGUGAGCCGGCGGCGGGUGGGCGUGGUGCUGCUGGUGGUGUGGCUGUACUCACUCGGAUGGAGCCUGCCGCCUUUUUUCGGCUGGAGCGCGUACGUGCCGGAGGGCCUGCAGACCUCCUGCUCCUGGGACUACAUGAGCUUCACGAGCUCGGUGAGAGCCUACACCAUCCUGCUGUUCACCUUCGUGUUCUUCAUCCCGCUGGGCAUCAUCGGUGGCUGCUACUCGGCCAUUUUCCGGGCCAUCAGGAUCGCACGCAAGGAGAUUAAGGACAUCACCUGCGGACAGGCCAGUAAGGUGUUCGAGCGCAUGCAGAGUGAGUGGAGAAUGGCCAAGGUGGCUCUGCUGGUCAUCUCGCUCUUCGUCCUCUCCUGGUCGCCCUACUCCGUGGUGGCACUCACCGCCACAGCCGGCUACUCCCACCUCCUCACCCCUUACAUGAACUCGGUGCCCGCCGUGAUCGCCAAGGCCUCCGCCAUCCACAACCCCAUAAUCUACGCCAUCACGCACCCCAAGUACCGGGUGGCCAUCGCCCGGCACGUGCCCAUACUCCGCCGGCUGCUGCGCGUGGGCGAGAAGGACCUCCGCUUGUCCUUCAGCUCCAGCAGCGGUGCGUCCUCUCGCCGACCCACUCUCAGCAGCCAGUGCUCCCUCGGCAUGGGGGCAGUGGUGGGGCCCACCAACACCAGCAAGCCCAGUGGCCGCUGGGCCAAGACACGCCUCUCCUCCGCCUCGGACACGGACUCCUGCUGGACGGAGAGCGAGGCGGACGCCAACAGCGUGAGCUCUCUUACCACGGACCGGCGGGUCUCCACGGAGAUCUCCCCGGAUACGGCGGUUCCGGUCCUGCCUCAGCACCUGGCGGCCAUGACCCAGAAGGCUUUGAUGUCGGACAGAGUCAACAACCAGUCCACGUCUUUGAACACAUCUGGACUGACAGAUGGCACAGACACCCCUGCUGUGGCUGAUGGCAAAGCUUUCCUGCUCUCUGCUGACCAAAUGUGUUAA